AUGACACAUUAUAUUCUAUCCCCACCAUCACUUCAACAACAACAAUCAGUAGUGACAACAACCAUCACAAAGCCUCGAGAGAAUACAUAUCAGAUAUCCAUUCGCAGAGAGAAGAUGACGUGCACCUGUGAGUCCUUCAAGUUUGGCGGCCGUCACCGUUUCUGCAAGCAUACCAUUUCAAUCCUACGGAUGUUGCAGUAUGACGAACAAUCAAUCCGGCUCUAUUCAUUGAGCCAAACGACAACGAUCAAUAUACAAGAGGCAUAUCAGAAGCUGCGUAUGCUCACCGAUUCCACAGUUCAGACACAGGUUCAACCAGUUAAUGUCGUCCCAACGCGAGGUGCCACACAACUACAACCGCUGCUACCUACAAUCAAUGAGCCCAUUGAUACUACACCACUGCAUGACGAUGACCAUUAUUCUGGAGGCGGUGGAUUUGGUCCAGACUACUCGGAUGAUGAGGCGGAAGUGCAACAACAUCGACAACAGCUCUGUGAUGUUUCCAAUCGACAUGUGACAUCAGGUACAUCACAUCUACGUCAACAACAACAACAACAACAACAACAACGACGACGCAACCUAAUCAUUCCUGAUCUCGAUGACGACGAUGACUUUGAACAACUCCAGCAACAUCAGCAACAUCAUCAACUUCAAUUGAUGUCCUUCCAACAACUACAACAAACGAGUGACAUUACCAGUAAUACACAGCAACAACCGCCAGCUCAAGCAGCACCAAGCACGUCCGAUCAAGAGCCAUUGCCAGAUCCCAAUGUCCUAUGCGAUCUUGAGAAUGAAGUUGACAUCUCAUUCAUUGACUAUAGUCUGAUGGCCGAGUUGGAUACAUCAAUCCUAGGUUCAAAUGUUGGUGGGCUAAACAAUGUACAUUACGCUGAGCCCCUGUUGGCAACGGACUUUAUGUCAAUGAACGAUACAGAGGAUGACGGUCAGAGCAUGUCAGUCAUAGCGGUGACAACAAGUCCAUCAACGUCCAUUCCGUUGACCUCCUCAACGAUGUCAACCCAAUCAUCUUCAGCCCACCCAUCGAUGCCAAUGUCCUCCACAGUGUCGGAAUCCACAACCUCAACUUCCACGACCUCAUCUGGAAGCAAACGUAGUAUGGACCAUCAAGGUUCAGUUGACGAGGGACCAAAGAGACUACGUACUGGUGCACUACAGUCACAUGUUACCACAUCAUUACCAAGACAACCGCUCUACACUGACACCAGUCGCUUCUACAACGCAAUGUCGAAUACGACAGGAUCAGAAUAUUACGGCACGUUCUGGCCUUGCAAGAUUCUCAAGCAUCAAUACCUAGCGGAGGGUAAUACUUUUGAGUAUUACGUUCAGUACUACCAGAGAGAAGCUCGUACUGAGUUGGUGAUGAUCAAGAAUGACAAGGCAUGGGUGUUGGAAUGCAACCUGCUACCUUACAGUCAUACAUCUAUUCCAGUCCCUUUUGAAGAGAUGUAUAGUCAGGUUAGGAUUACCUCUAAGGCAGAUAAGGAGAUCUUCAUGGUCAAGUGUCCAAAUGGUUAUUGGUGUCGAGGAAUACUCGUUGAUUGGCCUGUUGCUGAACGUAAAUCAAAGUUCCUCUCUGUUGUUGCAUCUCUGAUUGAUUGCGACAACAAAGAAAUAUUGGUACCAACUAGGCAGGAGAUGGUCCUUCGCAUAGACCAACUGUAG